GUUUGCAACAACCAGUUUUCCCUAACACAUAACCUUCAGGAUUUACCAUAAGUACGAAAUCAUGGCGGACAUCUUGUUCAUAAGCAAUCUGGCUGUAAAAGCCGGGAAGAUGAUUGAAGCCGGAUUUUCACAAAGUAUUCCAUAUGAUAAGAAGGAAUCAUACGCUGACUUGGUAACUGAAGUGGAUAAAAACGUCGAGAACUAUAUCUGUCAAGAAAUCCUCGCAUCAUUCCCUACACACAAAAUUAUUGCAGAGGAAGGAUAUUCCGGAAAUGCUGAGCUCACUUGUUCGCCCACGUGGAUAAUCGACCCAAUAGAUGGAACCUCAAACUUCGUUAGCAGGUUCCCUUUUGUUUGUGUUUCGAUCGCUUACUAUGUCGACAAAGAGCCCGAGCUAGCUGUUGUUUAUAAUCCGAUAUUAAAAUGGCUAUUUCAUGGGAUUCGUAAUCAAGGAGCAUUUUUGAAUGACAAGCAAAUUCACACAUCGAAACUUCAGGAUCUAUCUCAGGCUUUGGUUUUGACUGACUGGGGAGGUGAUCGAAAUCCGAAUAUUCUUGAUAUAAAGUCAAACAACAUCCGUCAAAUAAUAUCGAAAGCUCGUGGGGUGCGUACCAUGGGCUCAGCAGCCUUGCAUAUGUGCCAGAUUGCUGCAGGUAACGGUGAUAUAUUUUUCGAAUUCGGAAUUCAUUGUUGGGAUUAUGCCGCAGCUGUAUUGAUAGUUCGUGAAGCAGGAGGGUUUUGUUGUAAUUUUGACGGCUGUUAUAUCUUUCUAUUUGUAAACGAAAGUGAAAUUUCACACGAAUUUUCUACUCCUGCCAAAUUUUUCUCACUUCCUCAUAUUGUGAUCAUGUUCUGCCUCGAAAUUCAAACAAAGUGAAAAUACAACUUCCGUCGAUUUCAUGUUAUCAUGUCCUUUUAGUGUUGCGGAGUCUUAUCUGGAAUUUCGUUUAUGAAUACAGCCAUUUUUUUUAUCUCAGUUCUGAUUAUGAUAAAUUCAACAUCAGUUUGGAUAACUUAAAUCUAUGCCAGCAGGCAAUACUGACCUGCAUUUUAUACUAUCCACUUAGAAAAAAAGUUUUUAACAGCAAUAUGUGCUAACACUUAUCCCUCUCCUUAUAACGUGUGUCAAUUACAUUUGUAAACCAAGCAAAUGAACUAAAUAACAAUAAUAAUAUUUUAUCAAAUAUUUUCUUUCUGACUUUUGUUUAGGUAAACCUGUAGAUUUAAUGGCGAGAAAUGUAAUAUGUGCAGGAACUCCAGAACUAGCUAACGCUCUUAUUCCUCUUAUUCAACCUGUUGAUUAUGCGAGAGACUGACAGAAGAAGCAGAAUCAAAUAAAUAUACCUAUUGAGAAAAAGGAAACACAGAGAACCGAAAUUCCAAAUUAUCCAUUUUUAUUCUUGAUCCUUUAAAUCUAAAUAGUCCUCUUUCAAUGUGUUUUAAUACUUUCAAAAUGAUGCAAUGAAAUUUUAACAUAUGGCCAUAGAAAUGUUGUGAUUCCUUGUCUACUUGUUCAAUGCAGCAUUUACAUUGUGUGUAUGCUUAUUUAUCUAUCGAGAAAUAUGAUGUGCAUAGAUGAAAAAACUUAAAGAUCUGUUAUAUUAUAAUAACUAGUGGUAUUUAGUUUUGAAUGUAUUUCAAUUUUCCUACUUUAAUCGAAUUCUUUUCUUAUGGUUCCUAAGUUAGUUGCUAUUUUCCUAUGGACAUGCAAUGUUUUUGCUCUUGUUGAACUUUUUUCUAAAGAACUGUAGUACAAGACAAUCACCAUUAUGGAUAACAAACUUUAGUAACAUUUUUGCUUGUUACUUGUGUUUGACUGUUUAAACAAAUUUGGAUAAAUCAUGAGACAGUUAAGUCUGCUUUUCAGAUACGUAAAAUAAAUCAGGGAUAUAUUUAUAAAUACCUUGUUCAACACUUCACUUUAAGAAUCCAAAUAACUUGAUAGCAAUAAUUUUUUAAUUUUCCAACAGUUUUCUAGAGAAACUGUAACAUAGUCCUUAGUGAGUUAUGAUUAAUAAACCCUUCACAAACUGCUUUAAAUUUGCUAUUUAUGUAUA